AUGGAACAUUCACAUGAUAGGGCUGCUGGCGGAUCUAUAAAUAGUCCUCCAUGGUUCGAGGGUGGAUGUGAAAAAUAUACUCAGUGGAAAAUCUACAUGAAAUCAUAUCUCUAUGCUCAAGAUGAACAUGUGUGGAAUAUUGUAGAAAAUGGUUGGACUUUGCCUAUGGUAAAAGCAAAAGGAGAAAGCUCCUCCACUGCCACUCCCAAACCAAGGAAGGAUUGGACUGAGGAAGAAAUUCGUGAUUUGCAAGCAGAUUUCAAGGCUAAGAACAGUAUUUUCACAGCCCUAUCUGAACGAGAAAAAUUGAGAAUCAGUCACUGUGACACUGCCAAGCAAGCAUGUGAUCUUCUACAGACUACGUAUGAAGGAAAUAAGAAGGUACGUGCACAGAAACUGCAAGCACUGAUAUUUGAAUUUGAAACCAUGACUAUGGGAGAUGAUGAAGCCGUGGAUGAUUUUCAUGGUAGAAUUCUUAAAAUCUCCGGUCAGUGUCGUAGUCUGGGAGCACCUUUUGAUGAAGAUAAGAUAGUUAAAAAGAUACUCAGGGCCCUGCCAGAAAAAUUUCCUUCAAAAGUCACUAGCAUAGAGGACUCGUUUGACAUUGACGAGUACCCACUUGAUGAGCUCAUUGGAAAUCUUAAAACCUAUGAGAUGAGGUUAAAACCUGAGAAGAAAAACAAGGGUGUAGCCUUCAAGGCAGUGAAAGGAACAGAAGAGGAAGAGGAAACACAAGAUCUUGCUCUACUGACAAAGGAAUUCAAAAGAUUUCUCAAAAGCAAGAACUCCUCUAGAAAUUCGAAUGCUACUAGAAAGAAUAAUUAUACCGGCAGUGGCAAUCACAGUGACUACACCAACAAGAGUGGAAAAGGAUACUUCAAAGGAAAUCACUCAGGAAAGCCAAAGUGCUAUGAAUGUGGUGGCUACGGUCACAUCUCUACCGAAUGUGGAAAUAGGAAGCAUGAAAAUGGCAACAACAAGUCUCUACUGUCAACUUGGAGUGAUGAUGAGUCUCAAGAAAUUGAAAACGUAGCACUGGUAUCAUCAUAUCAACCUGAUUCAGAUAGUGACGAGUUUUUCUCUGAUGAUGAAACAAAUAUCCGCUGCAGACGACUCUACAAAGCUUCAAAAGCAACCCUGCUAAAAAACUUGAGUUUGGAAAAAGAAGUUGAUUUUCUGAGAACCGAGAAAGAAAAAAUGGAGCAAUUAUUGGAAUCAGCAAAUUUACAAGGUGAAGCUGCCGAUUUACAAGGUGACCAAGGAAUAGUGACUUGGAAGACUGAAAGGAAUGAGUAUCUCAACAAGAUAAAAUUACUGGAACUGGAUGUUAAAGGACAACGAGCAUUGAACUUGGAACUGUUGGUUAAAAACGAAACAUUGCAAGAAGAGUUAAAAUCGACUCAAGAAAGGUUCACCAAGUUCGAUGUCAGCUCUAUUGACAUGUCCAAAUUACUCGGAUCCGGAAAAGCUCCUCAUGACACUUGUGGGUUAGGAUACACUGGAGAGAAUUCCAAAUGUACCAAGUUCGUAAGAGCAUCACGACCACCUGCUGAAAAGGAAGAAGUCUCCACUGAUGAUUCUGUCAAAAAUGUGAAGGAAGGUCAACCAAAUCAAAACUUCCAGGUAAAACUUGACCAAGAGUCUCACACCGGUCAGAACAGGUACGCAAACCCUAGACCUUUUAUUCCUACAUGUCAUCACUGUGGUAAGAUAUGCCAUAUCAGACCUAGAUGUAAUGAAAGAUUUUCAAAACCACAGCACUCUCUAGAAAAAUGCACUGUUGAAUCUCUAAGUUUUGAACUUAAAGAACAAAAAGAACUCAUAAACAAAUUAACAGAAAUUGUUUCAAAGAGAAACCCUCCAACUGAAAAAGGAAAAGUUGUUUGGACUAAGAAAAAUGAAAGUAGAUAUCUUCAGUCUCAUAUUGAUAAAACUGAUCAUACUUGUCUCUUUGCUUGUGCAAGCAAAACUCAACAAAGCUCUCACAUUGAGGCAUCUUGUUUAGUAGCCCUAACUGCAUUAGCUGACAAGAGACGAGAUUUCUGGUAUGUCGACAGUGGAUGCUGUAGACACAUGACUGGAGACAAAUCCUGGUUCGCUUCUUUUGAAGAUGAGAACACAACAGGAUCAGUCACAUUUAGAGAUGGAAGGAAAGCAAACAUUCUAGCUCGAGGUAUAGUGAACACCCCAGGUAUACCUAAUCUCAAAAAUGUACUAUUCGUUGAAGGCUUAACUGCAAAUCUGAUUAGCGUAAGCCAUUUGGCUGACGACUACGAAGAUGUAUGGUUUAACAAACAGAGAUGUUUAGUCUUAAAUCAGAAAGGAGAAGGUGUCAUGGGAGGUAAGAGAUCUUUUGAUAACUGUUAUCACAUUCAAGCUAAUGAAUCUUCCAGCUCGCAGCCCUGUCUGUCUGUAAAAACUACAGAGGAAACCUUUGAACUCUGGCACAAAAAUAUGGGACAUGUAAACUAUCAGGACUUGCUGAAAUUAUCUUCCAAGCAAUGUGUCCGAGGAUUACCAAAUUUAAAGGGCAAAACUGACAAGAUAUGUGGAGACUGCAAAAUUGGAAAGCAAACCAAGGCUCCUCACAGGGUGGUGAAUUCUGCAACAACCACAAAAGUCUUGGAACUUUUACACAUGGAUCUCAUGGGACCAGCUCAAUCUGAAAGCAUUGGAGGUAAGAGCUACAUGCUAGUAGUUGUCGAUGAUUUCUCAAGAUACACCUGGGUAAAUUUUUUAAAAGACAAGACUGAAACGUUUGAAUCUUUUAAAAACUUGAGUCAAAAAUUGAUCAUUGAAAAGAAGUCAUCAAAUACUAGCAUAGUGAGAGUAAGAUCAGAUAAUGGUACUGAAUUUAAAAAUGCCUCUUUCUCUAACUAUUUUCAUGAGCUUGGUGUGUCUCAUGAGUUCUCAGCUCCAAUCACUCCACAGCAAAAUGGCAUUGUGGAAAGGAAAAAUAGGGUUUUGCUAGACAUGGCUAGAGUAAUGUUACAUGCUGCAGGUUUAAGCACAAACUUUUGGGCUGAGGCUAUCAGCACUGCUUGUUACACAAUAAACCGAGUAUUUUUCAGACCAGGUACUGAUCAAACAGCUUAUGAGCUGUGGAAAGGUAAAAAGCCAAAUGUUGGAUACUUUCAUAUUUUUGGUAGCCCUUGCUACAUUUUACGAGAUAGAGAGCACCUUGGAAAAUUUGAUGCUAGAAGUGACGAUGGUGUGUUCUUGGGAUACUCUCUAAACAGUAGAGCAUAUAGGGUUUACAAUAAAAGAACCCGAGUUGUUAUGGAAUCCAUUAAUGUUUCUAUUGAUGAUCAAUGUGUAAAACAGGAAGAAUCAUAUGCAGAUCCAUCACCCUUCUCUAUCACACCACCACCAAUUGCAGAAGCCUCAACUGAUGAAGAGGAAGAGGAGAUCCCCGACAACAUUUUUGAACCAGCUCCCAUCCAAAGGAAAGGAUUCAAGCAAGUUCAAAAGGACCACUCCUUUCAAGAUAUCAUUGGAAAUCUGAAAGAUGGACUGACAACAAGGAGAAAAGCUACAACUCAGGUAAGUGCUUCUGAGGUAAGUGAAGGAAAUGUAUUACUUUGCUUUAUUACUGAAAAUCAGCUAAGCAUGAACAUUAUAUCUCAUUUUGGUUUUGUGUCUAUCGUUGAACCAAAAAAUAUUAAGGAAGCUUUAUUGGAUGAUAACUGGAUUAGUGCCAUGCAAGAUGAGCUAAAUCAGUUUACUAGGAAUGAUGUGUGGUACUUGGUACCUCGACCUAGUAAAUGCAAUGUUAUAGGAACCAUGUGGAUUUUCAGAAACAAAAGUGAUGAAAGAGGGAAUGUGACUAGAAACAAAGCUAGACUAGUAGCUCAAGGAUACUCUCAAAUUGAAGGUCUCGACUUUGACGAGACAUUUGCUCCUGUGGCUAGAUUAGAAUCAGAAGAAGUUUAUGUGGAACAGCCACCAGGUUUCCAAGAUCCACAUAACUUAGAUCAUGUCUACCGUCUCAAGAAAGCUCUCUAUGGGCUAAAGCAGGCUCCCCGAGCCUGGUAUGAGAGGCUCUCCACUCAUCUUGUAGAAAAAGGAUAUCUUGUCAAAGAGUUCCAAUCUGUCAUGGAAAGUGAGUUUGAAAUGAGCAUGUGUGGUGAACUAACCUUCUUUCUUGGACUGCAAGUAACUCAGAUGGACACAGGCUUAUUUCUCUCUCAAACAAAAUACGCUGAAAAUCUGAUCAAGAAAUUUGGUCUUGAAUCUAAUAAGACAGUGAGCAAUCCCAUGAGUACCACUACUAAGCUGAGAGAAGACCAAGAUGGGAAAUCAGUUGAUUUCACAAUGUAUCGUAGUAUGGUAGGCAGUCUGCUCUAUCUCACUGCCAGCAGACCCGACAUAUCUUACAGUGUAGGAGUGUGCGCUCGCUUUCAAGCUAAUCCUAAAGAAUCACACUUGGAAGCUGUCAAGAGAAUCAUUCGCUAUAUAUCUGGUACAGUUAACUGUGGAAUUUUCUAUACCUUCGAUACUAACGUGGAAAUUGCAGGAUACUCUGACGCUGACUGGGGAGGAAACUUAAAGGAUAGAAAAAGUACUUCAGGGGGAUGUUUCUUCAUUGGCAACAAUCUGGUUGCCUGGCAUAGCAAGAAACAAAAUUGCAUCUCUCUAUCUACUGCAGAGGCUGAGUAUGUUGCAGUUGGGAGUUGUUGCACACAAAUGCUAUGGAUGAAACAAAUGCUUCAUGAUUAUGGCAUUCCUCAAGGUUCUUUCACCAACUGCCUUCUCCCCAUGGUUCGCACAAAGCAAACCACUCGACUUGGUGGACAUCGCCGCCUGCCUCCUCCAGAGGAAGGCCGUCAGGACGCUGCCAGAGCCGGUAUUCUCCAUCCUGGCAUGCAUCGUGCACGCAGUCGGAGCCCUCAUCUUCGCUCCUCUGAUGCAUCCUCUGCUGCUCUUCCUCCUGUCUCUCUGGAUAGUCUCCGUGACCAGAUCUUGGUGGCCGACUGGCGAAUUGCCUGCCUUACUACGGACAUGGACGACAUGCAUUCUCUUCUGGUUCGUACUCGUCAUGCUCUGACCACCCUCACACAGGAGAUCCGGAACAUGCAACGCCACCCUCCCGGGUUUGACGCUCCCCGUCCUUCCAACGCCAUGCAGGAAUAUCAGGAGCCUAUCGCCCCAGAGGAGAGCUCGGAUUCCAUUGAUGAAGAAGAGUUUCUGGACCAAGUCACCAAACUUAUUGAGGAGUUCGACGUGCCCUCCCAUUCAAAGGGGGAGAAGUAA